CCCAUGGCGGGGCGCUUCGGCCAGCGGGCCGGGAGCAGCGGGCGGACAUGUGGACGUCGCUGGGCGCCGUCACGGAGCCGGUCGGCCCCAGGGCAGCGAGCGGCCGCUUCUGGGCCGUCACCCUGGGGGCAGCGGUUGGGCUUUUCCUCCUCGGGUUCCUCAUUGGCUGGUUUGCAAAACCUGUAGAAGAGAAGACACCGUUAAGACCUCAUGUGGAGAUGAAGGCGGCAUUUAUGGCUGAGAUGAAAGCUGAAAACAUCAAGCACUUUCUUUUCAAUUUUACACAGCGUCCUCACCUUGCAGGAACAAAGGAGAAUCUCCUUCUGGCUCAGCAGGUUAAAGCUGAGUGGAAGGAGUUUGGUUUGGAUUCUGUUCAGUUGGUUCAUUAUGACGUCCUGCUCUCUUAUCCUGAUGAAAAUAAACCGAAUUACAUCUCAAUAAUUGAUGAGCAUGGAAAUGAGGUAUUCAACACAUCAUUAUCAGAGCCACCUCCUGCAGGGUAUGAGGCAGUUGGAGAUGUGGUGCCACCCUACAGUGCAUUUUCAGCUCAGGGAAUGCCUGAGGGUGAGUUAGUGUAUGUCAAUUACGGCCGCACCGAGGAUUUCUUUAAGCUAGAACGUGAAAUGGGAAUUAACUGUACAGGAAAGAUUGUUAUUGCCAGAUAUGGGAAGAUCUUCAGAGGAAAUAAGGUGAAGAAUGCUGAGCUGGCAGGUGCAAAGGGAAUUAUUCUCUACUCGGACCCUGCUGACUACUGUGCUCCAGGAGUAGAUCCAUAUCCAAAUGGCUGGAACCUUCCAGGUGGAGGGGCCCAGCGUGGAAAUGUAUUAAACCUGAACGGUGCAGGAGAUCCUCUGACACCAGGCUAUCCUGCAAAAGAAUACACCUACCGGUUAGACAAAGCCAGUGCUGUAGGUCUCCCAAAAAUUCCAGUUCAUCCCAUUGGCUACCAUGAUGCUGAGUCAUUGCUGCGUAAUAUGGGAGGAUCUGCAGCACCGCAUAGCAGCUGGAAAGGAAAUCUGAAUGUGUCUUACAAUGUUGGUCCUGGUUUCACAACAAAUUAUUCUACAAGAAAGGUAAAAAUGCACAUUCAUAACAACAACAAAAUAACAAGAAUUUACAAUGUGAUUGGUACCAUCAGAGGCACAGUGGAACCAGAUAGAUAUGUCAUCCUAGGAGGCCACCGUGACUCAUGGGUAUUUGGUGGCAUUGAUCCUCAGAGUGGAGCAGCUGUGGUUCAUGAGAUUGUGAGGAGCUUUGGAAAACUGAAAAAAGAAGGAUGGAGGCCACGGAGAACAGUGAUAUUUGCAAGCUGGGAUGCAGAGGAAUUUGGCUUGUUAGGAUCAACAGAGUGGGCUGAGGAAAAUGCCAAACUAUUGCAGUCACGAGGAGUGGCUUAUAUCAAUGCAGAUUCUUCUGUUGAAGGAAACUAUACACUAAGAGUGGAUUGCACACCACUGAUGUACAAACUGGUGUACAGUGUGACCAAAGAGAUACCAAGUCCUGAUGAAGGGUUUGAAGGAAAAUCUCUUUAUGAGAGCUGGUAUAAAAAAAAUCCAUCAACAGAAUAUAAAGAGGUCCCCAGAAUAAAUAAAUUGGGGUCUGGCAAUGACUUUGAGGUCUUUUUUCAACGUCUUGGCAUCGCUUCAGGCAGAGCACGUUACAGUAAAAACUGGAAUGUAGAAAAAUAUAGCAGCUAUCCGGUUUACCACAGCGUGUAUGAAACCUAUGAAAUUGUGGAAAGAUUCUAUGAUCCCUCUUUCAAGAAUCAUCUGACAGUAGCUCAGGUACGGGGAGGGUUGGUGUUUGAAUUGGCCAACUCUAUUCUGCUUCCUUUUGACUGUAGAGAUUAUGCAUCAGCUCUGAGCAACUAUGCUCAUAUCAUCUAUAAUAUGUCAAGGAAUCAUGAGGAAGAACUGGCAGUAUACAAUGUAUCCUUUGAUGCUCUCUUUUCAGCUGUGAAGAAUUUUACAGAAGUUGCUGAUAGCUUUCAUGAUAGACUGCAAAGGAUAGAUAGCAACGACCUGCUUGCUGUUAGAUCGUUAAAUGAUCAAGUCAUGUUUCUAGAAAGGGCUUUCAUAGAUCCACUUGGAUUACCUGGAAGGCCAUUUUAUAGACAUGUUAUCUUUGCUCCAAGCAGCCAUAACAAGUAUGCAGGAGAAUCAUUCCCCGGGAUCUUUGAUGCCAUGUUUGACAUUAAAAACAAAGCUGAUCAAGAUGAAGCCUGGAAAGAAGUUAAGAGGCAGAUCUCCAUUGCAGCCUUCACUGUACAGGCAGCAGCAGGAACACUGAAAGAAGUAGCAUAAAUAUGUGCAUUAUCAUCAAUGAAGGCUAUGUAUAACAGUGUGCUGAAGCCUCAAAACCAGAACAUUUGAAAACACUAAGACAAUUACUAGAAGUGUCACAAAACCCAAACAGUCUUGUUCUUUGCAAUUAUUAUAACCAAGUGGAAUGCAUUUAGCAAUGUUAACAAGGUAAUGAUGUAUAAUAUAAAUUCUGGAUAAUGGAUGCAUUAUAUAAAUUCUGAAGUGAGAGUCUACAUUAAAAAAGAUGUAUUUUCUCUGCUUCUCUU